UUCGGGAGGCGGGAAUCGACACCUCGUGGUGUCCUCGCACCCACUGAGAGGUGUCUGGCUGGCACCAUGGCCGAAAGAGAGGGCUUCACCUUCCUCCCAAGCUCCCCUCGCCACCCUUCUCCAGCACAGUUGACACGACCGUCGUUUUGCCUGUUGCCUGGGCCCGUAACCUGAGUGUCAUCUCUCAAUCUGCAUGUCCACGGUGUACCGAAAUCUUCCGGAUGAUUCCUCCUCCUGCUUGCUCCUGUGCUGCCCCCUCACCCGUGGAAACAGCUCCCUGUAGGCAUGUUCAUGGAGCAACAUGGAGAAAAGAAGAUAGCAUAGUAAGGUGGUGGAGUUGAGGACAGCAUGGCCUUCCUGGACAACCCAACCAUUAUACUGGCUCAUAUUCGGCAGUCACAUGUGACCAGUGACGACACAGGGAUGUGUGAAAUGGUCCUGAUAGAUCAUGAUGUCGACCUAGAGAAAUUCAAUCCCUCUUCAACAAAUGGGGACAGUGGUUCAGAAAUGCAGGGAAGCAAUGGGGAGACUCAGGGUUAUGUAUAUUCCCAAUCAGUCGAUAUUACCUCAAGCUGGGACUUUGGGAUUAGAAGACGAUCUAACACAGCUCAGAGACUAGAACGACUACGAAAAGAGAGACAAAACCAGAUAAAAUGCAAAAAUGUUCAGUGGAAAGACAGAAAUACUUCUUAUUCAGCAGAGGAGCUGAGCUCGCUGUUUGAAAAAAAGAAUUUCAAAGUCAAGUCUCCACGUUUGGGGAAGCAGUCUAUACUAUCUGUGCGGCUUGAGCAGUGCCCACUGCAGCUGAACAACCCUUUCAAUGAGUACUCAAAAUUUGAUGGCAAGGGUCAUGUUGGAACAACUGCAACCAAAAAAAUUGAUGUCUACCUCCCAUUGCAUGCAAGCCAAGACAAACUACAGCCAAUGACAGUUGUGACGAUAGCAAAUGCCAAGGUGCAUGACCUGAUUGGACUAAUAUGCUGGCAGUACACGAGUGAAGGACGAGAACCCAAACUAAAUGACAAUGUCAGUGCCUACUGUCUCCAUAUUGCUGAAGAUGAUGGCGAGGUCGACACAGACUUUCCACCCCUGGAUUCCAACGAGCCCAUUCAUAAGUUUGGCUUCAGCACUUUGGCACUGGUUGAAAAGUACUCGUCUCCCGGGCUGGCAGCAAAACAGUCGCUUUUUGUUCGAAUAAAUGCUGCUCAUGGAUUCUCACUUAUUCAGGUGGACAGUAUGAAGGUCACCAUGAAGGAUAUCUUACAAAAGGCCUUAAAGCGGAGGAAGGGCUCGCAGAGGGGCUCAGGUGCUAGAGGAGAACUCAGACAGUGGGUGAGGAAGCUACAUAAUAUCUGCUGCAAGCAGCCUUUUAGUGACUAUCAGGAGUGUUCGUUUUCCUGACAAAACCACUCGCCGCAAAGACUAGCCAGUUAGUCUAAAACGAGCUAGAAUCACGAUCAGACGCUUGCUUGUAAGACUUUGUACAUUUUUAAUUUGUCAGAACACAGUAUUUAGUAUGAUUUAAAACAGCUUUGAAAGCAAAUUAUACUUGGGUUGCAGCAAAAUUCACUUUCUCCAAUGUGGUCAAGUACUGGUGCCCUUACAAAUAGUUUAGAUAUAUGGACAUUAAACAAAAAGAAAAUAUGCAAUGCUUUUUUUUAAUUUCUCAAAAGAGGGUUUUUCCUGGCUCUGUGUGUGUGUGUGUGUGUGUGUGUGUAUAUAUAUGUGUGUGUGUGUGUGUGUAUGUAUAUGUAUAUAGGUGUAUGUAUUAGUAGAUCUAUUUUAAAAGUACAAGGCUUAGAAAUGUUCCCAGCAACAAGAAAUAAUUAUUGUGAGAAACUGCACUGAGUCUUGUCACGCCACAAAGAACUUUAAUAUAAACCUAUCUAUAGACUAGGUAGAGAUAAGCAUCUUGUCUUUGUAAAUGAAUGAAACCUCCUUAUAUAUCCUUAGUUUUAACUAUGUGAAAAGAAAAUAAACCCUGUUGUGUUUAGAAAAAGUAGUUCAGUGCCAUUUUUUAAACGAGUAUAUAAUCUGUCAUGGAUUUAAUUAGCUAUCUUCAGAUGAAAGCUGAAGUUUUAAUAAAAGUUAGAAGAGAUAACACAGUGAAGGACACGGAUGAGCUGUCUCAAGGCCAUAUUCCAAGGGAACGAUAAGAGCUGUAAAAAAUGGCAGAGGAGAGCAAUUGAAUGAAGCAAUGAAAAUCUGAUUCUCGUAAAAAAAAAAAAAAAAAAAAAAAAAAAAAAGGAAAAAAAGGGAGAGAGAGAGAGAGAUGCUGGUAGGGGCGGUUGUAGAUGAGACCUGCUAGCGUCUGCAAGCAAUUUGGCUGCUUGCCAGAAGUCAUUGUUCACCCUCGGCUGUGGCGGCUCGGUCCAGAUGUGCCAACUGCACGUUUCGGCUUUUGCCAGCUGACUGCGCCGUUUGAUAACCAGCUCUCUGGAUGCCCAUCACUGGCCGCAGAGAUAGAAUUAAAUGAUGAUGAUCUUCCCACAAGUUGGGAGAGGAAACAAUGCAUAUAAAUCUUGAUUUCAUCUCAGCGUGAGAAGUCUUUAUCCAUCAUCACUCAUAAUGAACAAGUCGUUAGCUGCGAUGAAUGGUGUUCUGUUUUUUUCAAACACCUCUUUUGUUCACUUUUUGGGUGACUUUUAUAUAUUUCCUGGGGGUCAAAUUUCUCUCCUCGUAGGGGGAUGGCUAAAGGGUUCACUUAGCUGAAUCUUUAAACUCCUCUCCUCCCUAGUGUAACAAAAGCUGCUCUUUUGUCUGUUUGAAAUCCGUUGUUGCUUUAGUUCUGCUGCUUAUGUUCAGUGGUUGUACAAAGGGAAUUAAAUAGGUCAGGCUGAUUUCUCUUCAGCAAAGCACCCUGCCUUGAUAUACCUGUACAUAAAUUGUUGUGAGCGCUUGUUGUAAGAUGGUGCUGCAACAGAGAUAGUAAACCUGUAUUUAAACUUAUCUGUAUUUAAACUAAAUGUAUUUUGCUUUUCUAUAUAAUUCUGUCCGUGUAACCUUCCACCCUUUGAAAAGGGCUCAUCAUCCAGUGCAUAAUAUAUAUUGGCUAACCUGACAAUAUUAGGUCUUAUUCUGGAAAUAUUUGUCCAUGUUCUUAAUUUUCAGCAUGUAAAACGUUUCAUUGAAGUCAGCUGAAUGGCUCACAUUCCUAAAGUUAGGUGCAUGCGUAAAUAUUUCCAGAAUCGGGGCCUCGGAGCGGAGGCCCCACGAGUCAGAUGCAGAUCUCAGUGAGUAAAUGAAAUUAUUUAUUUUUGAUUUAUUCUUAAGAAAAAGAAGUAAAAAAACCCCAUCCUAGUGAUGGUUUAUCCUACCCUACAGUUUCUUCACCAAAGGAUCUUCUCAAAUAUUUUAAUACGUAUACAUAUGCUAAAUAAUAAAUUGCACUUAUUUUUAUUAAAUACCAUUACUUUGCUUUCACUCCUGGAAAUGCUACAACUCUUUGGC